AUGAAAAACUCAAUCUUAUUCUUGCUCUCUUCCUUCUCUCUUCUUCUCCCUUUUGCAAGCUCGCUUAAUUUUAGCAUCUCUCAUUUCUCACUAGGCGACUCUCGCAUAGCUUACCAAGGAGACGCAACACCAAAUGGCGAGAUUGUACUGAACAAUAUUGCAUUUAGUGGUCGUGUUGGUUGGGCUACUUAUGCUAAAAGAUUUGCUAUUUGGGAUUCUAAAACAAGGAAGGCCUCCGACUUCACCACCAAUUUCACAUUCAAGAUUGAUAUCAACACUCUAUUGUAUGGCCAUGGGCUCGCUUUCUUUCUUGGCCCCCCAGGCUUCAUUAUCCCUCCCUGUUCAUCUGCUGGUUUCUUGGGUCUUUUCAAUGAAACCAAUGGUCAUUCUUCACGGUUCCCACUUGUGCAUAUCGAGUUCGAUACGUUUUAUAACGUUGAAUGGGAUCCUUAUGGUAUCAAGUCUCAUGUUGGGAUCAACAACAACUCUCUUGCUUCCUCUAACUUCACUUCUUGGAAUGCAACCCUUCACAGCCAAGAUAUAUGCCAUGUCCAAAUCUCGUAUAAUGCUGUUCAAAGAAACUUGAGCGUCUCUUGGAGAUAUGAAGAAACAUCUAUUCCUUCGGAGAGUUCAAGUAUUUACUACAUCAUUGACCUUGUGAAGGUCCUCCCUGCUGAAGUCACCAUGGGCUUUUCAGGUGCUACAGGAUCAGUGAUGGAAGGGCAUAGGAUCUUGUCAUGGGACUUUUAUUCCAGCUUGGAUGUAAUAGAAAAGACAAAGCCAAACAGAAGUAUCAUUCUUGGUGCUUCUCUUUCGGGUUUUCUCCUGUUGGCCUCUUUGGCUGUUGUGGUUCCAUUGUGUUUAAAGAGGAAGCGAAGAGAGGGUAAAGCAGCAAGGAGGAGAGAAAACUUGACGUCCAUAAACGAAGAAGAUCUUGAGAGAGGAGCAGUGCCUAGAAGGUUCUCUUACAAAGAUCUUGCAACGGCUACUAACAACUUCUUGUCUGAAAGAAAGUUGGGUCAAGGAGUAGAGAUCGUUACAGAGAAGAAGUCGGUGAGCUUGAGGCAUGGAAAGAUUGAGCCAGAGUUAAGUCUUGUGGAGAAAGUAUGGGAUCUGUACGGUAGAGGAGAGCUGAUGUCAGCCGUUGAUCAACAGAUGGGGAAAGAUUACGAUAUGGAGCAAGCAGAGCGUCUUAUGAUUGUAGGGUUAUGGUGUGCUCAUCCUGAUAGUAACUCUAGACCUUGUAUAAAGCAAGCCAUCCAAGUCUUGAAUUUCGAGGCACCGUUGCCUAAUCUGCCAAAAAAAAUGCCAGUUGCAACAUAUCAUGCGGUGGCAGAAUCAACGUCAUGCUCGAGUGGAGUCGCAACUGCAACGUUUUCUAGUGCUCAACUUGGUCGCUGA